CACCAGACAUUAGACAUCACCGAAUUCAACUGUCCCCUCCUAAAACCCUAGUAAUCGAGUGUCGACUCCAGUCUCCAGUCAUCUCCUUCCCAUUUUUCUCUGUUAAAACUUAAAACCCUAGCAUAAACCAGCGACAUUCUCUCUUUCUUCCCCUCUAUCUAGUUUCCUCUCCAGGCUUUCUCUUCCAGGAAGAAUCAAAUAUGGUGAAGAAGAGCAAAAAAAGUAAAAGUAAGAGAAUUCCAUUGAGGCAGAAGUAUAAGGUUUUAAGGAAGGUGAGGCAGCAUCACAAAAAGAAGGCCAAGGAGGCGAAGAAGCUGGGAUUGAAUAAAAAAAGCAAGGUCGAGAAGGAUCCUGGUAUUCCUAAUGAUUGGCCAUUCAAGGAACAGGAGCUCAAGGCUCUUGAAGCCCGUCGGGCUCGUGCUCUUGAGGAAUUGGAGCAAAAGAAAGCUGCUCGCAAGGAGAGGGCUCAAAAGAGGAAGUUGGGGUUACUCGAGGAUGAUGACAUCUCUAAGUUUGCUGAUGUAGCUUCAGCAAAAGAACAAAAUUUUGAAGAGCAAAAUGGCAAUGAUGAUGUUGGUGGAAUUGCCAGAAAUCGUGACAAUUCAGAUAGGGCAUUCUAUAAGGAGUUGGUGAAAGUUAUUGAAGAAUCAGAUGUCAUAUUGGAAGUCCUUGACGCCCGAGAUCCCCUUGGUACCCGUUGUGUUGAUAUGGAAAAGAUGGUGAUGAAAUCAGGUCAUGACAAGCGUCUAGUGCUGCUCCUAAAUAAAAUUGAUCUUGUCCCUCGAGAAGCUGUUGAAAAAUGGCUUAAGUAUCUUAGAGAAGAAUUGCCUGCAGUUGCCUUCAAGUGUAGUACCCAAGAGCAGAGAUCAAACCUAGGGUGGAAAUCUUCCUCAAAAACAGCAAAGACCAGCAAUCUUCUGCAAACAAGUGAUUGUCUUGGAGCUGAAACCCUUAUCAAAUUGCUGAAAAAUUACUCAAGAAGUCAUGAUAUCAAAAAAUCUAUUACAGUUGGUGUCAUUGGACUGCCUAAUGUUGGUAAGAGUAGUCUAAUUAACAGCUUAAAGAGAUGUCAUGUUGUCAAUGUUGGUGCUACUCCUGGGCUAACAAGAUCAAUGCAAGAAGUUCAGCUAGACAAGAAUGUUAAAUUACUGGAUUGUCCUGGUGUUGUAUUGCUCAAGUCUGGGGAGAAUGAUGCAUCUAUAGCUCUUCGCAAUUGCAAAAGGAUUGAAAAGCUAGAUGAUCCAAUUAACCCAGUGAAAGAAAUUCUCAAGCUUUGUCCGGCCAGACUGUUGGUAACCCUAUACAAGAUACCAAACUUUGAAUCAGUUGAUGACUUUCUGCAAAAGGUGGCUACUGUCAGGGGUAGGCUGAAAAAGGGUGGUAUUGUGGAUGUUGAAGCUGCUGCUAGAAUUGUUCUGCAUGACUGGAAUGAGGGUAAAAUUCCAUAUUACACUAUGCCUCCCUCUAGGGAUCAAGACGAACCUUUGGAGGCUAAGAUUGUUUCAGAGCUUGGAAAGGAAUUUAAUGUUGAUGAAGUUUACAGUGGUGAAUCCUCAUUCAUUGGGAGCCUCAAAUCUGUUAAUGACUUCCAUCCCAUUGAAGUUCCUCCUAGUUGUCCAAUCAAUUUCGAUGAAAGUAUGAUAGAGGGAGAUGUGGAAACCCAGCCAUCAACUCAAGGUGAUGAAAAUUCUGAACAUAUGAAUGAUGGUGAAGACCAGUCUAUGAGUUCCGAAGAAGAUGCAAACGAGAACAAGGCAAAGACAACAAAUAGCCGACAAAAUGAGAAGCUAUAUGCAGUAGAAGGUAUGCUCAAUACAAAAAUGAAACGAGCAGAGAAGAAAAGGAGGAAAAAAGCAGUGAAAGUGGAUGCAAUGGAUGAUGACUAUGACUUCAAAGUGGAUUACGUCAAGAAAAAGGGUUCUGCCAUCGAUGUGGAAGAUGAGAGUGGGAAAAAAGAUGAUGAUGAUGAUGAUCAAAUUACCGGUGAGGUGCCAAUGUCGGGUGUCAAGUUUGAUGAUGAAUGACGGAAUAAGUAACCAUGAUUUUUUAGUAGAGUUACUAUUUUGCUAGUUAAGAGUUUUAUGAUAAUUUUUUUAAAGUGGGCAACAAUUACAUCCAAAUAUGAACUCUGCAUCAAUGUGAGGAAAUUUUGUUAAGAAGAAAGAGCUUUUUAUUUCAAUCAGAA